CGUUCUGUGGGAGUUGGUCACGGCCUAAUGAAGGAAGCCUUACUACUGUCCAUGACAUGUCUUCUGCUUUUGUGUUUGAACGACGUUUGCGCAGAGGAUUGCAUUUGGGGUAGUUGGAGUUCAUGUAGUGUUGAAUGUGGAAAUGGCACCAGAACUCGGCAGAUUAGUCAAGCAGCUACAAUGAGUGGUCAGAAGUGUACAGGACCAUUGACUGAGAUCUGCAUAGUCACAUCUUGUCUGGCAACCAAUCUGUCUGCCUCUCUUGGAGCAACAGUGAACAUGAGUUCAGUUUACAGUUCUGUGUUUGUUGCUACAAAGGCUAUAGAUGGCAAACCAAACGAUACUGGACAAAUACUUAAUGGUACUGAUUGUGCUGUUACAACAUAUUCCUUGAUUCCUUGGCUUCAAGUUGACUUACAAAAAGAAUAUCUUGUGUCACGUGUUAGAGCUAUCCUUUACGAUGAUAAAGGUAGAAAUGUGUAUGUUCGUGUUGGUAACAGCUUAACAAACAAUGGGAAUGACAACCACAAUUGUGGAAAGGCUCCAUAUGACAGUUCUAAUGACCUGAAUGCAAUAUGGCGAGAUGUUAGCUGCAGCCCACCAGUUUGGGGAAGAUACAUUAAUUUACAGAGAAUAGUGACAAAUCAUGUUCUUCAUGUAUGUGAGAUCGCUUUCAACUAUGAGUUGGAGAUUGCUAUUCUAGACAAUAAUACAAAUAUUGAAGGGACAAUCUUAGCAGUUGUUAAGAAUCAAGAUUACUCUAAUCCUAUUGAUUGUGGUGUCAGCCCUGAUGAGACCAACUUUAAUGCUUUUUUGCAAUGGAAACACAACACAACCAAUGUUGUACCAUCUUCAAGUGUACAGAAUGCUGGUGUAUAUCAGGUGUAUGAGAAUGGUGUGCAGCGGCUCUACAUCAAGUCAGCUAGUGCCUUUGACAGUGGAGUGUAUACAUGCCAAUAUACUGCAACUGAUGGCUCUAUAGUGUCAAAGUCCUUUACACUGAAUGUUAGUGUAGAUUGCAUUUGGGGUAGUUGGAGUUCAUGUAGUGUUGAAUGUGGAAAUGGCACCAGAACUCGGCAGAUUAGUCAAGCAGCUACAAUGAGUGGUCAGAAAUGUACAGGACCAUCGACUGAGAUCUGCAUAGUCACGUCUUGCAUGGCAACCAAUUUAGGUGCCUCUCUUGGAGCAACAGUGACCAUGAGCUCAGUUUUCAGUGCUGUCUUUGUUGCUACAAAGGCUAUAGAUGGCAAUCCAAAAGACGGUACUGGACAGACACUUGAUAGUACUGAUUGUGCUGGUUCAAAGUUUUCCUUUAAUCCUUGGCUUCGAGUUGACUUGCAAAAAGAAUAUCUUGUGUCACGUGUUAGAGUUAUUCUUAUAGGCAAUAGAGGUGAAAAUGUGUAUGUUCGUGUUGGUAACAGCUUAACAAACAAUGGAAAUGACAACCACAAUUGUGGAAAGGCUCCAUACGACAGCUCUAAUUCCUAUUUUGCAAUAUGGCGAGAUGUUAGCUGCAGACCACCAGUUUGGGGAAGAUACAUUAACUUACAGAGGAUAGUGACAAAUCAUGUUCUUCAUGUAUGUGAGGUGUCUUUCAACUAUGGUUAG